UAAAACCAGUAAUGGAAUUAACUUAAUACUGUAUCCAGUAUGUUUAUUCUUAAUUAUACCAUGCAUAGGACUUGUUAAUUAAUUCAAUAUUUUGUGAGGCGAAUCCAGCAAGGAUCAUUUUAUGUGUGAACAACUGAAGUACCACAAUGUAUGAACAUACAUGUAUUUACUUUUGUCUUUUUAGGACAUUGAACGACUUUCUAAAAUUGGUAUGAGUGUACAUCCACAAACACUAAGGAACAAGUUAGAAUCAUGGUAUGACCUUUUAGACAGACAACUACUCCAGAUAAAGAAUGGUUGGUCGAGGGGAUUACCAACAGCUAAAUAUCAACUUGUGGGAGACAACUGGGACCGCAAUAUAGUUCCGUCCUAUCGUACAACACAGCAGAAAACAAUUUCAACUCACUUGUUUAAUGUCAUAGGAGUUGUUGACCGUGUGGUACCUCAGCAGGUAGUUGAUGACCAGUACAUGUACAUAUUAGAUGUAGAUGACCUUGAGACAACAGACUUCAUCCCAAGUGAGGAGGAGCGGAACCUUCUUGAGAACGAGUUAAGGCUACCAUGCGUAUCUUCUCGCAACGUCCUUCAUUUUCACCACUCCUACAGGUUUGAAUAUUUGAGGGAUGAUUUUAAAAGAUCAUCAGAUCUUCAGAAGAGUUUGACAUGUAAAACCAUGGCAGUUCGCAAGAUGUGCAUUUUGAUUCUGGUGUUGAACUAUGAUGAGAUAAGAACUACCGAAUACAUUGUUAAUAACAUACACCUAUCUAUAGAACUUAUAUCCUCCUUCCAUAUGUGAAUCAAAAGUUGAUCUACCUCACCAAUGGAAGACAUCCAUGUCAAUUGAAAUUAGACCUACAAACAGAGCUAUUUGGAAGUGUUG